CUCAGGCGCGGUCCCCUGCAAGGGACCCAGCUUCACCGCGGAGGGAGCUCCCUCCCGAGGGGCAGGGGCGGGGCUUCGCGUGCGGUGGGUGGAGCCCCAAAUCGAGUUUGAGCUGAGCCGGAGCGAGGAGGCUUUCGACUGAGGGCUAGCGAGGGGAGCAGGGCUGGAGCAGGGCUGAAGCAGGGCUGAAGCAGGGCCGCGGACCCCGCACGCUCCUGCGGGCCCCGCGGAGCCAUUGCGGCCGAGGCCUCGGCCGGCGCCAGCAGAGAGCUAGCCGCAUCUUCGGGGGCAGCCGGGCAGCGGCCGGCGGCGCGGCGAGAGAGCGACUGACAGAGGGGAUGCGAGGUAGAUCUCUGAGAAGAGAGGAAGGAGUGACAAUACCAAAUAAAAACUUUGUCUAAGGUUCAAUGGCAAAGUUCAACCUGAGUUGCCAGGAUGUUUAUCGUUUGUCUCCCAGUAUGGCCAAAAAGCAUGUAUGAAGGUCCUCCAGUAGCCUGACCUGAGUGGGUUAGUGAUCCAGAGAAACCAGCAGGCCAACUUGGUCAGGAAGGUUCGGGAAGCUGUUGGAGCAGUGUGGGGAAUUUCCCACCAGGAUGAGUAUGAUUGGCUGUGAUUUUAGAUCGUAAAGCUGAAAAUUGAAAUCAUGAAAGUAGACAGGACUAAACUGAAGAAGACACCUACCGAGGCUCCUGCAGACUGCAGAGCCUUAAUAGACAAACUCAAAGUUUGUAAUGAUGAGCAACUUCUCUUGGAACUGCAGCAGAUCAAAACAUGGAACAUUGGAAAGUGCGAGUUAUAUCACUGGGUGGACCUGUUGGACCGCUUCGAUGGAAUACUGGCAGAUGCUGGACAGACAGUGGAGAAUAUGUCAUGGAUGCUCGUAUGUGAUAGGCCAGAAAGAGAGCAACUGAAAAUGCUUCUCUUGGCUGUGUUGAACUUCACAGCCUUGCUCAUUGAGUACAGCUUUUCCCGGCAUCUGUACAGUUCCAUAGAGCAUUUGACAACUUUAUUGGCUUCCUCUGAUAUGCAAGUGGUGCUGGCAGUCCUUAAUCUCCUAUAUGUAUUUAGCAAAAGAUCAAACUACAUCACUCGUCUGGGAUCUGACAAGAGGACCCCACUGCUAACUCGGCUACAACAUUUGGCAGAGAGCUGGGGUGGAAAGGAGAAUGGCUUUGGACUUGCAGAAUGUUGCAGAGACUUGCAUAUGAUGAAAUAUCCACCCAGUGCAACUACACUACACUUUGAAUUCUAUGCAGAUCCUGGGGCCGAGGUCAAAAUUGAGAAAAGGACAACUAGUAACACACUACAUUAUAUUCACAUAGAGCAACUUGACAAGAUUUCAGAAAGCCCUUCUGAAAUCAUGGAAUCUCUUACCAAAAUGUACAGCAUUCCUAAGGAUAAGCAGAUGCUGUUAUUUACACACAUACGAUUGGCCCAUGGCUUUUCUAAUCACAGGAAGCGAUUGCAGGCAGUUCAGGCCAGGCUGCAUGCAAUAUCUAUAUUAGUGUUUGUUUCUCCUUUUGCAGUGUAUUCCAAUGCCUUGCAGGAAUCAGCAAACAGUAUCUUGUAUAAUGGCUUGAUAGAGGAGUUGGUAGAUGUCCUUCAGAUAACGGAUAAGCAGCUUAUGGAGAUUAAAGCAGCUUCUUUACGAACAUUAACAUCAAUUGUCCACUUGGAGAGAACUCCCAAACUCAGCAGUAUUAUUGACUGUACUGGAACUGCCUCCUACCAUGGAUUUUUGCCAGUGCUUGUAAGGAACUGUAUCCAGGCCAUGAUUGAUCCUUCCAUGGAUCCAUACCCUCACCAGUUUGCCACUGCUCUCUUCUCUUUUUUAUAUCAUCUGGCCAGCUAUGAUGCUGGUGGUGAAGCCUUGGUUUCCUGUGGAAUGAUGGAAGCCUUAUUGAAGGUCAUAAAGUUUCUCGGAGAUGAACAAGACCAGAUAACAUUUGUCACCAGAGCCGUCAGAGUGGUUGACCUUAUCACCAACCUGGAUAUGGCAGCUUUUCAAUCCCAUAGUGGACUUUCUAUCUUCAUUUAUAGACUUGAGCAUGAAGUAGAUUUGUGCCGAAAAGAAUGUCCAUUUGUGAUCAAGCCAAAGAUCCAGAGACCCAGUACUACACAGGAAGGAGAGGAAAUGGAAACUGAUAUGGAUGUUGCAGAUGUGGCUAUGGAAAGCAGUCCAGGCUCAUCCAUCUCUAUGGAGCACAGGCUGGAUGUUGAAUUAAGGGCAUCAGGUUCCAGCAGCAGCACUAACAUCUCUUCUGGCCCCAGCCCCGGUCCCAGUCCCGGCCCCGGCCCCGGCCCCGGCCCCGGCCCUGGCCCCGGCCCCGGCCCCGGCCCCGGUCCUGGUCCCGGCCCUGGCCCCGGCCCGGGCCCUGGCCCCCGUCCUGGAGCCCAGUGUAUUCCACAACGAGCAGCACUUCUGAAAUCCAUGUUGAAUUUCCUCAAGAAGGCCAUCCAAGACCCUGCUUUCUCAGAUGGCAUACGACAUGUGAUGGAUGGUUCUCUGCCUACCUCCCUGAAACACAUCAUCAGCAAUGCAGAAUACUAUGGCCCAUCACUCUUCCUCCUAGCUACUGAAGUGGUGACUGUGUUUGUAUUUCAAGAACCAUCACUGCUCUCCUCACUCCAGGACAAUGGAUUGACAGAUGUCAUGCUGCAUGCACUGCUUAUCAAAGAUGUUCCUGCUACCCGUGAAGUCCUUGGCUCCCUCCCAAAUGUAUUCAGUGCACUCUGCUUGAAUGCCCGAGGUCUUCAGUCUUUUGUUCAGUGUCAGCCUUUUGAACGCCUCUUCAAAGUUCUUCUGUCUCCAGAUUACCUCCCAGCCAUGCGGAGGAGGAGAAGUUCUGAUCCCCUUGGGGAUACUGCAUCCAACCUGGGGAGUGCUGUCGAUGAGCUCAUGAGACAUCAACCCACCCUUAAAACAGAUGCAACGACUGCCAUCAUCAAGUUACUUGAAGAAAUCUGUAAUCUUGGAAGGGACCCCAAAUACAUCUGUCAGAAGCCAUCAAUCCAGAAGGCAGAUGGCACUGCCACUGCUCCUCCCCCAAGGUCUAAUCAUGCUGCAGAAGAAGCCUCUAGUGAGGAUGAGGAGGAAGAGGAAGUACAGGCCAUGCAGAGCUUUAAUUCUACCCAGCAAAAUGAAAGUGAACCUAAUCAGCAGGUUGUUGGUACAGAGGAACGUAUUCCUAUUCCCCUCAUGGAUUACAUCCUUAAUGUGAUGAAAUUUGUGGAAUCUAUUCUGAGCAACAAUACAACAGAUGACCACUGCCAGGAAUUUGUGAAUCAGAAAGGACUCUUGCCUUUGGUUACCAUUUUGGGUCUUCCCAAUCUGCCCAUUGACUUUCCCACAUCUGCUGCCUGUCAGGCUGUUGCAGGUGUCUGCAAAUCCAUAUUGACACUGUCACAUGAACCCAAAGUCCUUCAAGAAGGUCUCCUUCAGUUGGACUCCAUCCUCUCCUCCCUGGAGCCCUUACACCGCCCCAUUGAAUCCCCUGGGGGCUCAGUGUUGUUGCGAGAACUGGCUUGCGCAGGCAAUGUUGCUGAUGCUACCCUCUCAGCCCAGGCCACACCUCUGCUGCAUGCACUCACUGCUGCCCAUGCCUACAUCAUGAUGUUUGUUCAUACUUGCAGAGUUGGACAGAGUGAAAUUCGUUCCAUCUCUGUAAACCAGUGGGGCUCUCAAUUGGGUCUGAGUGUUUUGAGCAAGCUGAGCCAGUUAUACUGUUCCCUGGUGUGGGAAAGCACUGUCCUCCUCUCUCUGUGUACCCCAAACAGCCUACCAUCUGGGUGUGAAUUUGGCCAGGCAGAUAUGCAGAAACUGGUUCCAAAGGAUGAGAAGGCAGGUACGACCCAGGGCGGAAAAAGAUCAGAUGGGGAACAGGAUGGAACAGCUGGAAGUAUGGAUGCUUCUACCCAGGGCUUAUUAGAAGGCAUUGGGCUAGAUGGUGACACAUUGGCUCCCAUGGAGACAGAUGAACCUACUACUUCAGACUCUAAGGGCAAAUCUAAAAUCACACCAGCAAUGGCUGCCAGAAUUAAGCAAAUCAAGCCUUUGCUAUCAGCUUCCUCCAGAUUAGGCCGAGCACUUGCUGAGCUAUUCGGACUUCUUGUUAAACUUUGUGUGGGAUCUCCUGUCCGUCAGAGAAGGAGCCAUCAUGCUGCCAGCACCACUACAGCACCGACACCUGCCGCUCGAUCAACAGCCUCAGCUCUCACUAAGCUCUUGACUAAGGGGUUAUCUUGGCAGCCCCCGCCAUAUACACCUACUCCCCGAUUCAGGCUGACAUUCUUCAUCUGUUCAGUUGGUUUCACAUCCCCAAUGCUGUUUGAUGAGAGGAAGUAUCCCUACCACCUCAUGCUGCAAAAAUUUCUCUGCUCUGGAGGCCACAAUGCUCUUUUUGAAACUUUCAACUGGGCUCUGUCCAUGGGAGGUAAAGUUCCUGUUUCUGAGGGAUUGGAACACUCGGACUUGCCUGAUGGCACAGGAGAAUUCCUGGAUGCCUGGCUUAUGCUGGUGGAGAAGAUGGUGAAUCCCACCACGGUGCUUGAGUCUCCACAUUCACUGCCUGCCAAAUUGCCUGGAGGUGUCCAGAACUUUCCCCAAUUCAGUGCACUCCGCUUCCUUGUGGUAACUCAGAAAGCAGCCUUUACUUGCAUCAAAAACCUAUGGAACCGGAAACCUCUGAAGGUAUAUGGUGGACGAAUGGCUGAAUCCAUGCUGGCCAUUCUGUGCCACAUCCUCCGAGGAGAACCUGUGAUUCGAGAGAGACUAAGCAAGGAGAAAGAGGGGUCUCGAGGAGAAGAGGAUACAGGGCAAGAGGAAGGUGGCUCCCGCCGGGAACCUCAAGUCAACCAGCAACAACUGCAGCAGCUCAUGGACAUGGGCUUCACAAGGGAACAUGCCAUGGAGGCACUGUUGAACACCAGCACCAUGGAGCAGGCCACAGAGUACCUUCUAACCCACCCCCCUCCAAUCAUGGGAGGAGUUGUUCGGGAUCUCAGCAUGUCUGAAGAGGACCAGAUGAUGAGAGCAAUUGCUAUGUCUCUGGGACAGGAUAUUCCAAUGGAUCAAAGGGCAGAGUCACCUGAGGAAGUUGCUUGCCGGAAGGAGGAAGAGGAACGGAAAGCUCGGGAAAAGCAGGAAGAGGAAGAGGCUAAAUGUCUAGAGAAGUUCCAGGAUGCCGACCCAUUGGAACAAGAUGAGCUCCACACUUUCACAGAUACUAUGUUGCCAGGCUGCUUCCACCUUCUUGAUGAACUGCCAGACACGGUAUACCGUGUGUGUGACCUGAUCAUGACAGCAAUCAAACGUAAUGGAGCAGAUUAUCGUGACAUGAUUCUGAAGCAAGUAGUCAAUCAGGUGUGGGAAGCUGCUGAUGUAUUGAUCAAAGCUGCUCUUCCCCUGACAACAAGUGACACAAAAACCGUGUCAGAGUGGAUAAGUCAGAUGGCCACCCUGCCGCAGGCCUCCAAUUUGGCUACUAGAAUCUUGCUUUUAACGCUACUUUUUGAGGAGUUGAAGCUACCUUGUGCUUGGGUGGUUGAAUCGAGUGGCAUCCUUAAUGUCCUAAUCAAACUCUUGGAAGUGGUUCAGCCCUGCCUCCAGGCAGCCAAGGAGCAGAAGGAAGUCCAGACCCCAAAGUGGAUCACACCAGUGUUGCUCCUGAUUGAUUUCUAUGAAAAGACAGCCAUCUCCUCAAAAAGGAGAGCCCAGAUGACUAAGUACCUGCAAUCCAACAGCAACAACUGGCGCUGGUUUGAUGAUCGCUCUGGGCGUUGGUGUAGUUACAGUGCAAGCAACAAUAGCACUAUUGAUUCUGCCUGGAAAUCUGGAGAGACAAGUGUGCGAUUCACUGCAGGCCGAAGAAGAUACACUGUCCAGUUCACUACAAUGGUGCAGGUUAAUGAGGAAACAGGGAACAGACGCCCUGUGAUGCUGACUCUCCUCAGGGUACCUCGGCUGAAUAAAAAUUCAAAAAACAGCAAUGGACAGGAACUAGAGAAGACGCUGGAAGAAAGCAAAGAAAUGGAUAUCAAACGUAAAGAAAAUAAAGGCAACGAUACCCCUUUGGCCCUAGAGGGUACAAACACUGAAAAGGAGACAAGCCUGGAGGAAACAAAAAUCGGGGAGAUCCUGAUCCAGGGCUUGACAGAAGAUAUGGUGACUGUUUUAAUCCGGGCCUGUGUGAGCAUGCUGGGAGUCCCUGUGGACCCAGAUACUUUGCAUGCCACCCUUCGUCUCUGCCUGAGGCUCACCCGGGACCACAAAUAUGCCAUGAUGUUUGCAGAACUGAAGAGUACCCGCAUGAUCUUGAAUUUGACCCAGAGCUCAGGCUUCAAUGGGUUUACUCCCCUGGUCACCCUUCUCUUAAGACACAUCAUUGAGGACCCCUGUACCCUUCGUCAUACCAUGGAAAAGGUUGUUCGCUCAGCAGCUACAAGUGGAGCUGGUAGCACUACCUCUGGUGUUGUGUCUGGCAGCCUCGGCUCUCGGGAGAUCAACUACAUCCUUCGUGUCCUCGGGCCAGCCGCAUGCCGCAAUCCAGACAUAUUCACAGAAGUGGCCAACUGCUGUAUCCGCAUCGCCCUUCCUGCCCCUCGAGGCUCAGGAACUGCUUCAGAUGAUGAAUUUGAGAAUCUUAGAAUUAAAGGCCCUAAUGCUGUACAGCUGGUGAAGACCACCCCUUUGAAGCCCUCACCUCUGCCUGUCAUCCCUGAUACUAUCAAGGAAGUGAUCUAUGAUAUGCUGAAUGCUCUGGCUGCAUACCAUGCUCCAGAGGAAGCAGAUAAAUCUGAUCCUAAACCUGGGGGUAUGACCCAAGAGGUUGGCCAGCUCCUGCAAGACAUGGGUGAUGAUGUAUACCAGCAGUACCGGUCACUUACGCGUCAGAGCAGUGACUUUGAUACGCAGUCAGGUUUUUCCAUUAAUAGUCAGGUCUUUGCUGCAGAUGGUGCCUCCACUGAGACUUCCGCAUCUGGGACCUCCCAAGGAGAGGCUUCAACUCCAGAGGAGUCUCGAGAUGGGAAGAAAGAUAAAGAAGGGGACCGGGCCUCUGAGGAAGGCAAACUGAAAGGCAAGGGCAGCAAACCUUUAAUGCCUACCUCCACUAUCCUUCGUCUUCUGGCAGAGUUGGUGAGGUCCUAUGUUGGUAUUGCUACCCUGAUUGCCAACUACAGCUACACUGUGGGCCAGUCUGAACUGAUCAAAGAGGACUGCAGUGUGCUAGCUUUUGUUCUGGACCACCUGCUCCCACAUACCCAGAAUGCAGAAGACAAGGACACCCCUGCCCUGGCCCGCCUGUUCCUCGCAAGCCUGGCUGCAGCAGGGAGUGGCACAGAUGCCCAGGUGGCCCUAGUGAAUGAAGUAAAAGCAGCCCUGGGACGGGCACUGGCUAUGGCUGAGAGUACAGAGAAGCAUGCCAGGCUUCAGGCAGUAAUGUGUAUCAUCAGUACUAUCAUGGAGUCCUGCCCCUCCACCUCCAGCUUCUACAGCAGUGCCACAGCGAAGACCCAGCACAAUGGCAUGAACAACAUCAUUCGGCUCUUCCUGAAGAAGGGACUGGUUAAUGACCUGGCUAGAGUACCUCACAGCUUAGAUUUGUCCAGUCCCAACAUGGCCAACACAGUCAAUGCUGCUCUGAAGCCUUUGGAAACACUUUCCCGGAUUGUGAACCAGCCCAGUAGCCUUUUUGGCAGUAAGAGUGCUUCUAGCAAGAACAAGUCUGAGCAGGAUGCCCAAGGAGCCUCUCAAGAUUCCAAUAGCAACCAGCAGGACCCAGGCGAGCCUGGGGAAGCAGAAGUGCAGGAGGAGGAUCAUGAUGUCACUCAGACAGAGGUGGCAGAUGGGGAUAUCAUGGAUGGGGAGGCUGAAACCGACUCAGUGGUGAUUGCUGGGCAGCCUGAGGUGCUCAGUUCACAAGAGAUGCAGGUUGAGAAUGAGCUGGAGGACCUGAUAGAUGAGUUGCUUGAGAGGGAUGGCGGAUCUGGGAACAGUACAAUUAUAGUGAGCAGAAGUGGAGAGGAUGAAUCACAAGAGGACGUGCUGAUGGAUGAAGCUCCUUCCAACCUCAGCCAAGCUUCCACCUUGCAGGCCAACCGAGAAGAUUCCAUGAAUAUCCUGGACCCUGAGGAUGAGGAGGAGCACACUCAGGAAGAGGACAGCAGUGGCAGUAACGAGGAUGAGGAUGAUAGUCAGGAUGAAGAGGAGGAGGAGGAGGAAGAUGAGGAAGAUGAUCAGGAGGAUGAUGAAGGUGAAGAGGGAGAUGAAGACGAUGACGACGAUGGCUCUGAGAUGGAAUUGGAUGAGGAUUAUCCUGAUAUGAACGCUUCUCCCUUGGUCCGAUUUGAGCGCUUUGACCGGGAGGAUGAUCUCAUCAUUGAGUUUGACAACAUGUUCUCCAGUGCUACAGACAUCCCCCCAUCCCCAGGAAAUAUCCCUACCACCCAUCCACUGAUGGUGCGCCAUGCAGACCACAGUUCUCUGACACUGGGCAGUGGCUCUUCAACAACUCGUCUCACCCAGGGCAUCGGGCGCAGUCAGAGGACCCUAAGGCAGCUGACAGCCAAUACUGGCCACACCAUUCAUGUUCACUACCCUGGGAAUCGCCAGCCCAACCCUCCUCUUAUACUCCAGAGGUUGCUUGGUCCCUCAGCUGCUGCUGACAUCCUUCAGCUGAGCAGCAGCCUUCCCCUACAAAGCCGGGGUCGGGCCCGCCUCCUGGUAGGCAACGAUGACGUCCACAUCAUCGCCCGUUCUGAUGAUGAGCUGCUGGAUGACUUUUUCCAUGAUCAGAGCACAGCUACCAGCCAAGCAGGAACCCUGUCCAGCAUCCCCACAGCCCUGACCCGCUGGACAGAAGAAUGCAAAGUUCUCGAUGCUGAGAGCAUGCACGACUGUGUUUCAGUGGUUAAAGUGUCCAUUGUCAAUCACCUGGAAUUCCUGAGGGAUGAGGAGCUGGAAGAAAGGCGCGAGAAGCGCAGGAAACAACUGGCUGAGGAAGAAACAAAGAUAACUGAUAAAGGCAAAGAAGAUAAGGAGAACAGGGAUCAGAGUGCACAGUGUACUGCAUCUAAGACAAAUGACUCUACUGAACAGAAUCUCUCAGAUGGGACGCCUAUGCCUGACAGCUACCCAACAACCCCAUCUUCAACUGAUGCAGCUACAUCUGAGUCCAAGGAGACCCUUGGCACUCUGCAGUCCUCACAACAGCAACCAACACUCCCAACCCCACCAGCUUUGGGAGAGGUUCCUCAGGAGCUGCAGUCCCCAGCUGGAGAAGGGGGCAGCUCUACACAGCUAUUGAUGCCUGUAGAGCCAGAGGAAUUGGGUCCCACAAGGCCAAGUGGGGAAGCAGAAACAACGCAGAUGGAGUUAUCCCCAGCUCCCACUAUAACCUCUCUUUCCCCAGAGAGAGCUGAGGAUUCUGAUGCACUGACGGCUGUCAGCAGUCAGCUGGAAGGCUCUCCUAUGGAUACAAGCAGCCUGGCUUCCUGUACCCUAGAGGAGGCUGUGGGUGAUGCUUCAGCAACUGGCAGUUCUGAGCAGCCCAGAGCAGGCAGCUCCACUCCUGGGGAUGCCCCACCAGCUGUGGCGGAAGUGCAAGGCAGGAGUGAUGGGUCAGGGGAAUCUGCCCAGCCACCUGAGGACAGCUCCCCCCCUGCAUCCUCUGAGAGCUCUUCCACCAGAGAUUCUGCCGUGGCCAUUUCUGGAGCAGAUUCUCGAGGAAUCCUGGAAGAGCCGUUGCCUUCAACAAGCAGUGAAGAAGAAGAUCCCCUUGCAGGUAUCAGUCUCCCUGAAGGCGUGGACCCCUCUUUUCUGGCUGCCCUGCCUGAUGACAUCCGUCGGGAAGUUCUACAGAACCAGCUAGGCAUUCGUCCACCAACCCGGACUGCCCCCUCCACAAAUAGCUCAGCGCCUGCAGUGGUGGGGAAUCCUGGUGUGACUGAAGUGAGCCCUGAGUUUCUGGCUGCCCUGCCUCCAGCUAUUCAGGAGGAAGUACUGGCACAGCAGAGAGCUGAGCAGCAGCGACGAGAACUGGCACAGAAUGCCAGCUCAGACACCCCUAUGGACCCUGUGACCUUCAUCCAGACUCUGCCCUCAGACCUGCGCCGUAGUGUCCUAGAGGAUAUGGAGGACAGCGUGUUAGCUGUGAUGCCACCUGACAUUGCAGCUGAGGCUCAAGCCCUGAGACGAGAGCAGGAAGCCCGGCAGCGACAGCUCAUGCAUGAGCGUCUGUUUGGGCACAGUAGCACCUCCGCACUCUCUGCUAUUCUCCGAAGCCCGGCUUUCACCAGUCGCCUAAGUGGCAACCGUGGGGUCCAAUAUACUCGCCUUGCUGUGCAGAGAGGUGGCACCUUCCAGAUGGGGGGUGGCAGCAGCCAUAACAGGCCUUCUGGCAGUAAUGUAGAUACUCUCCUCCGCCUCCGAGGACGGCUCCUUCUGGACCACGAAGCCCUUUCUUGUCUCCUGGUCCUACUUUUUGUGGAUGAGCCAAAGCUCAAUACUAGCCGUCUACACCGAGUACUGAGAAAUCUCUGCUACCAUGCCCAGACCCGCCACUGGGUCAUCCGCAGUCUGCUCUCCAUCUUGCAGCGCAGCAGUGAGAGUGAGCUAUGCAUUGAAACACCCAAACUCACUACAAGUGAGGAAAAGGGCAAAAAGUCGAGCAAGAGCUGUGGGUCAAGUAGCCAUGAGAACCGUCCCCUGGACCUGCUACACAAGAUGGAGUCGAAGAGCUCCAACCAGCUUUCCUGGCUCUCAGUAUCCAUGGAUGCGGCCCUAGGCUGCAGGACUAAUAUAUUUCAGAUCCAGCGUUCAGGGGGGCGUAAACAUACAGAGAAGCAUGCAAGUGGUGGCUCCACCGUCCACAUCCACCCCCAAGCUGCUCCUGUUGUCUGCAGACACGUUUUGGACACACUCAUUCAACUGGCCAAGGUAUUUCCCAGCCACUUCACACAGCAGCGGACCAAAGAAACAAACUGUGAGAGUGAUCGGGAAAGGGGCAGUAAGGCCUGUAGCCCAUGCUCCUCACAGUCCUCCAGCAGUGGCAUUUGCACAGACUUCUGGGACUUACUGGUAAAACUGGACAACAUGAAUGUCAGCCGGAAAGGCAAGAACUCCGUGAAGUCAGUGCCAGUGAGCGCUGGCGGUGAGGGGGAAACCUCUCCAUAUAGCCUUGAGGCCUCUCCACUGGGGCAGCUCAUGAACAUGUUGUCACACCCAGUCAUCCGCCGGAGCUCUCUCUUAACUGAGAAACUCCUCAGACUCCUUUCUCUCAUCUCAAUUGCUCUCCCAGAAAACAAGGUGUCAGAAGCACAGGCUAAUUCUGGCAGCGGUGCUUCCUCCACCACUACUGCCACCUCAACCACAUCUACCACCACCACCACUGCCGCCUCUACCACGCCCACACCCCCUACUGCACCCACCCCUGUCACUUCUGCUCCAGCCCUGGUUGCUGCCACGGCUAUUUCCACCAUUGCCGUAGCUGCUUCGACCACAGUGACUACCCCCACGACUGCUACCACUACUGUUUCAAUUUCUGCCACUACUAAGGGCAGCAAAUCUCCAGCGAAGGUGGGUGAUGGGGGCAGCAGCAGUACAGACUUUAAGAUGGUGUCCUCUGGCCUCACUGAAAACCAGCUACAGCUCUCUGUAGAGGUGUUGACAUCCCACUCUUGUUCUGAGGAAGGCUUAGAGGAUGCAGCCAACGUACUACUGCAGCUCUCCCGGGGGGACUCUGGGACCCGGGACACUGUUCUCAAGCUGCUACUGAAUGGAGCCCGCCAUCUGGGUUAUACCCUUUGUAAACAAAUAGGUACCCUGCUGGCCGAGCUGCGGGAAUACAACCUCGAGCAGCAGCGGCGAGCCCAAUGUGAAACCCUCUCUCCUGAUGGCCUGCCCGAGGAGCAGCCACAGACCACCAAGCUGAAGGGCAAAAUGCAGAGCAGGUUUGACAUGGCUGAGAAUGUGGUAAUUGUGGCAUCUCAGAAGCGACCUUUGGGUGGCCGGGAGCUCCAGCUGCCUUCUAUGUCCAUGUUGACAUCCAAGACAUCUACCCAGAAGUUCUUCUUGAGGGUACUACAGGUCAUCAUCCAGCUCCGGGACGACACGCGCCGGGCUAACAAGAAAGCCAAGCAGACAGGCAGGCUAGGUUCCUCCGGUUUAGGCUCAGCUAGCAGCAUCCAGGCAGCUGUUCGGCAGCUGGAGGCUGAGGCUGAUGCCAUUAUACAAAUGGUACGUGAGGGUCAAAGGGCGCGGAGACAGCAACAAGCAGCAACGUCGGAGUCUAGCCAGUCAGAGGCAUCUGUCCGGAGGGAGGAAUCACCCAUGGAUGUGGACCAGCCAUCUCCCAGUGCUCAAGAUACUCAAUCCAUUGCCUCCGAUGGAACCCCACAGGGGGAGAAGGAAAAGGAAGAAAGACCACCUGAGUUACCCCUGCUCAGUGAGCAGUUGAGCUUGGACGAGCUGUGGGACAUGCUGGGGGAGUGUCUAAAGGAACUAGAGGAAUCCCAUGACCAGCAUGCUGUGCUAGUGCUACAGCCUGCCGUCGAGGCCUUCUUUCUGGUCCAUGCCACAGAGCGGGAGAGCAAGCCUCCUGUCCGAGACACCCGUGAGAGUCAGCUGGCACACAUCAAGGACGAGCCUCCUCCACUCUCCCCUGCCCCCUUAACCCCAGCCACGCCUUCCUCCCUUGACCCAUUCUUCUCCCGGGAGCCCUCAUCUAUGCACAUCUCCUCAAGCCUGCCCCCUGACACACAGAAGUUCCUUCGCUUUGCAGAGACUCACCGCACUGUGUUAAACCAGAUCCUACGGCAGUCCACGACCCACCUUGCUGAUGGGCCUUUUGCUGUCCUGGUAGACUACAUUCGUGUCCUCGACUUUGAUGUCAAGCGCAAAUAUUUUCGCCAAGAGCUGGAGCGUUUAGAUGAGGGGCUCCGGAAAGAAGACAUGGCUGUGCAUGUCCGUCGUGACCAUGUGUUUGAAGACUCCUAUCGUGAGCUGCAUCGCAAAUCCCCUGAAGAAAUGAAGAAUCGAUUGUAUAUAGUGUUUGAAGGAGAAGAAGGGCAGGAUGCUGGCGGGCUCCUGCGGGAGUGGUACAUGAUCAUCUCUCGAGAGAUGUUUAACCCUAUGUAUGCCUUGUUCCGUACCUCACCUGGUGAUCGAGUCACCUACACCAUCAAUCCAUCUUCCCACUGCAACCCCAACCACCUCAGCUACUUCAAGUUUGUCGGACGCAUUGUGGCCAAAGCUGUAUAUGACAACCGUCUUCUGGAGUGCUACUUUACUCGAUCCUUUUACAAACACAUCUUGGGCAAGUCAGUCAGAUAUACAGAUAUGGAGAGUGAAGAUUACCACUUCUACCAGGGUCUGGUUUAUCUGCUGGAAAAUGAUGUCUCCACACUAGGCUAUGACCUCACCUUCAGCACUGAGGUCCAAGAGUUUGGAGUGUGUGAAGUUCGUGACCUCAAACCCAAUGGGGCCAACAUCUUGGUAACAGAGGAGAAUAAGAAGGAGUAUGUACACCUGGUAUGCCAGAUGAGAAUGACAGGAGCCAUCCGCAAGCAGCUGGCGGCUUUCUUAGAAGGCUUCUAUGAGAUCAUUCCAAAGCGCCUCAUUUCCAUCUUCACUGAGCAGGAGUUAGAGCUGCUUAUAUCAGGACUGCCCACCAUUGACAUCGAUGAUCUGAAAUCCAACACUGAAUACCACAAGUACCAGUCCAACUCUAUUCAGAUCCAGUGGUUCUGGAGAGCAUUGCGUUCUUUCGACCAAGCUGACCGUGCCAAGUUCCUCCAGUUUGUCACGGGUACUUCCAAGGUACCCCUGCAAGGCUUUGCUGCCCUCGAAGGCAUGAAUGGCAUUCAGAAGUUUCAGAUCCAUCGAGAUGACAGGUCCACAGAUCGCCUGCCUUCAGCUCACACAUGUUUUAAUCAGCUGGAUCUGCCUGCCUAUGAGAGCUUUGAGAAGCUCCGCCACAUGCUACUAUUGGCUAUCCAGGAGUGCUCUGAAGGCUUUGGGCUGGCCUAAUAAGGCCCUGCCCACCUCUGUGGGUUUUUUUUACCAUUGUUGGACCUGGGGAGGGGGGAGUUAAAAAAAGAACCAGAAAGAAAUUGUCAAAAACCAAUAAAUGAAAUCCACCAACUCACCGUGUGUGUCCCAGCUGCCCCAUCUUCCCCAGCGCAUACCUAUUCCUCUUCUCAUUCUCUCCCCGCCACCUGUUUCCUCACCUUCUCUCCCCUUUCCAUGCCGUCCAUGAUCCCCGCCCCAUGUGUUUAAAAGGCAGUAGCCUUUGCAGGGACCUGUCUGUCCCAACUGUUUGAACAGUGUGCUCCUCAGAUUCUGUGUUCAGAAGGAUUUGCUGCAUUGAGACUUGAAACCUUUGGAUAGGGGAAAAAAUUAUAUAUAUAUAUAUUUUUUUGUUCUGUUUGCAUUUCUUAAUUUGUGCUUGGAAUGUGUUGAUGUGCACAGCUAAUGAUUCAAUGCGAGACAAGAUUGGCGUCUGUGUUGUGGAGGUUUCAAAUAAAGAGCACUCUUCAUAACUUA